ACCAACUCCCAGAACUCCCAGCUAAUUCACUUCCCCUCCGUCUAAGUGGAAGCUGCUGUACUUCCUCUACCCUGCUAAAGGAAGUGCCAGAAUAAGCAGUCGAGGAGCUGGACGUAAGCACCUCUGGUUCUGACCGCUGGCCCCGCUCAACCUUUCUGAAGCAGCAGCCCGACUCCAUCAGAUCCCUCACUGGAGCACUGUCCUGAAUCUACAGCAUGGAUACCGGCCGCACCGCCUUCAUCCUCAUCUACUGUCUUCUCUUCAUCACAAACAAGUCUUCUGCCACAGAAGAGCCAAAUGCAUCUGCAGAACCUGCAAACAAGUCUUCUGCCACAGAAGAGCCAAAUGCAUCUGCAAAAAAUGGACAGACAGCCGCUACAACAUCAAAUCCUUUGGGUAAUUCACCAGGGACUUCUAACACAACAAAUCCUUCAGGAGGAUCUGGAUUUUCUCCUACAGCAGUGGAAGCUAAAGUAGGAUCUACAUCAGCGCCACUUGCAACAAGUUCUCCAGAAAAUAAAUCUGCAUCCUCUACAACACAGAGUCCUCCAGGAACAUCUGCAUCUUCUGCAACACAUAGUCCUGCAGGAAAAUCUGCAUCAGCGUCUCCUGCAAUACAGAAUCCUCCAGGAAAAUCUGCAUCUGCAUCUCCUACAACACAGAAAACUCCAGAAGGAUCUGCACUGCCACCUGCAGUAGGAGGACGAUCUGCAUCAGGGUCUAAGGCAACACAGACGCUUCCAGAAGAAUCUGCAGGCAAGUCAGCUGCAACAGUGGAGCCUAAAGCAACACAACCUGCAAAGCUGUCUCCCCCAGCAGGGAUACCUAAAAGUGGAAAAUCUGAUGAUAAUAUCACUAACGAGACUGGAAAAAUGCAUGGAUCAGCUGGCGAAUCUUCUUCAACUCCAAAACCAGAUACUCCUGAUAAUAAGAAAUACUUUUGGAUUUUGUUGCCUGUGGGAGUUGCUUUCCUGGCUGUGGCAAUGUACUUCAGGUACAAAUUCUUCAAAGUCCACCAUCAUCCAGAGACAACAGAUAAUGGAACUGAGAAUGCUUCAUUCCAAAGGACGGAAAGUAACAGAGACGGGGUCACGCUGCUGGGAGUGAAAUCGUCAGGCACUGAGGAGGGCGCUGCUGCAUAAUAAGCAGGAUGAGGAAGUGAGAGACAAGAAGCGAAAGAAGCAGAUAAUGGAAGAUGAAGACCACCAGCCUUGCUUUUGUUUGUUUGGGAUGGGAUGAAUUGGAACAGUAUAUUUUGGGUUUAGUAUGUUUAAUUUGUAUGCAGUGAAUUGGAGCUUGGGUUAAUAUGAACUCUGUACAAAAUAAAGCUGAAUGAAGGAGCUUUGUUUUUAUCCAAUAUUUCCAGAAAAAAGACAUUCAUUCUUUUACAGUCUUCAUCAUCAUCCUAAAGCGAAUGCAUUUAUUUGCUCAUUUCUUCUUUAUAUUUUUGUCUUUCAAAAAUGCACACAAUCUAGUUCUACUUAUCAAAAAGUCAGGAUUUUAACACAACAGUAACACUCAUUUACAUUGCAAAUGUUACUGUCUACAUUUCUGUUGAAAUAUGAUUGCAUUGUUUUAUACAUUGUGUCCAACCACAUUUUUUUUAUGGAUGUUUGAGGUGUUUUUCUUCAAACUGCAUCAAAUUAGGGGCCUGCUGAAGAUGGAUAUCAUAGACUUUUAAACUUCUAGAUUAAAGCAGUCUCCUUAAAGCUAAAGCUACUGAUGCAAAUUCAGGUUUUAACAUUAUUUUAUUUCAUUUUUCAGACUUUUACAGUAAUAUAUUGUAUUAAUGUUGCAGGUCCAUCACAGAAGAACUGCUUAAUGAUAAUUUGACAGACAUUAAAGUUUUUUUUUAGAACAGUGGAAAAUGUUUUUCUAUUUUUUUAUGAUUGUUUUCUGUUCAUUUGUUAUUAUGUCAUUUAUUGUCUGAUUUAUCAGGUGUCUAAAUAGUAUAUUGAUAUCAUUAAUACACUUAAUUUCAGGACUGCUUAUUAUUUUCUUUGUUUGGUUUUUAAUAUAACCCAUUUGUCAGAGAAUAUGUAACAUAUCUGUAAAUACUUUGGAACACUUAAGCUGAUGAAACCAUAACUCUGAUGCCACAUAUGCCUCAUGUAUUCAAAGCUCACAUCAGGUUUUAUUGUGGAAUUGUGAGCCGUUUUUAGGCAUUUCACAAUAUGUUUACUCAUUUUCUGUUUAGUAAAGGAAAUGUGAGAAAUAA